GACACCCAUCGUCAUCAACAAAACAAAGAGCAUAUUAAGUUAUUAAAGUAUGGUGGUCUCUCCUAUUAAUGGUUCUUCACCUUUGUCACAUUCCAAUGGCAGAACAAUACCUCUCUCUACUUUCUCACGCAAUUCCUUUGUCAAUGUUGAGAAGGGUGAUCCAGUGGCAUUCCGGUCAUAUUGGGAGAAGGUGAGAGAUGAAUGUACGGUAGAGAUCAAAGGUGACGAAUGGAUGAGUUACCUUGGUGAUACAAACAACUUAUGUUGGUAUAUGGUGCCACAAAUGAGGGAUGCAAUUUUGAGGCUCCACAAUGUGGUCGGUAAUGCUGUCACAAAAGAUAAGUUCUUAGUAUUAGGGACAGGUUCUUCUCAACUCUACCAAGCUCUUCUAUAUGCACUAUCUCCUUCAGAAUCCUCUCAUCGUCCCAUCAAUGUUGUUGCUGCUGCUCCUUAUUAUUCGGUAAUUUAUCUUUAG